UUCAACUGAGUGCACGUGAUACAAUAUGAAUACAUCAAUAUUUCUUGUGUCUUUUGUAAUAGUUACUGCUCACUGUAACAAAGAUCUCCGUGUUAUCGACAAUAUAAUGCAAGAAUCUCCGUGCAGUUCGAAGGGUGGUAUUUGUACUAUAGCCGAAGAUUGUCCCCAAGGGAAACUAACUGACGAAUCGGGAUUAUGUCCGAAACAAAGAAAUCAAGGAAUUGAAUGCUGCUAUGGAUUGUCAGUAAAAGAUACGAGAUGUUCUCGGCAUGGAGGCGUUUGUUUACCAGCUACGGAAUUCUGUAACCCUAAACUGAUUUAUAGAGAAGCUAGCGACUGCGAUUCCAGUCAUAAAUGUUGUAUAAUGGUUUAAUUUUUUUUUACGUUAAUUACAUCGAAUGUUUGAAAAGAUUCUAUACAACUUAGAAUACAGUUUGUAACUUGUAUUGGGAAGGAAAAUUUCGAAAUAA